GCCCACCACAAUCUUCAAGAGGUAGAACGCGUCAAAGCUGGGGGAACUAUCGCGGUCGACACAUCCAAAGAAGUGAACCCAGGUGUCUGGGAGCCGGUUGCUCUAAAACCGUACGUGGACUGAUUACAUUACUUCUUCUAUCUAAUGGAUCACUUGGACUUAUUUACUGCUUGAAAGGCUUUAGUUAUGUUGACGACAUAACAUUAUUAACACUCACAUCUUUGGAGUCUGGAGUUGGACAAUUUUGCGAAUUGACCAAAGGCAGGUAUAGAAAGAAGGGAGGAACUACUCUAUUAUUUCUGCAAUGGAAUUUCCGUCUAUAAAUAUUUCUCACCUCUUGGAAGUUGGAAAACUGAUAAAUGGAACUGCCUCAAGACAAAGCAAACCUUCAGAUCACCUCACAUUUGCCAUGGAUACCGCUCUUGCCUGCACUAUGGCUAUUGAGGCACCGUUUAUCGUGCUUGCCAAUAUCUUGAUGCUGGUGACAAUAAUCUAUCGGAGAAAACUGCACACCAGCGACUGCUACAUCAUAGCGAGUCUCGCUGUAGCAGACUUGAUCAUGGGUUUAGUGGACAUGCCCCUCGUAACAAUUGCCAACAUUCCAAGAAUAGAAUCGCUCAUGCGGUCACAUCGCAUCACUUGCUUCUCAUGGUGGUUUUCUGGAUCAUUAGCCGUAUUUUGCUCUCUAAACAAUAUAUGUUUGUUAAGUAUUGAGCGAUUCAUCGCCAUUAACUGGCCGUUUCAUUAUAGUCAGUGGUUAACCCGGGAGAGAGUGCUAGGAGUUAUUGUCAUUGUAUGGCUGUUGGAGAUUCUGAGAACGUCGUUGAUCUUCUUUGUUGGAAAGUACUUUGAGUCAGCUCCAACCCUGAGGGGAAAAUGCAACUACUACUAUGGUUUGCCCAUGUGGUUUCAUGAGGAGCUGGGCAAUUACAAAGUCUACGUGACACUUUCUCUCGCUCUUGUACUCUGCACACAAGUAACGUUCAUUGCCCUCAGACAGGUACGACGAAUAGAAAAAGUGACUGCUAGGUAUGCCUCAGAACGAAGGGAGAUAAAGAGGCGCAUGCGAAGUGUCCGAAUCACUGCUGCCGUGAAUUACGUCUUCUUUCUCAUGUGGCUCCCACGUCAAGUCGAACCCUAUAUUAGUAGUGCUCUGCAACUAACGAAAAAUCAAACCCAUGCACUUCACGUUAUUAACCAAAUCGUGAUGAAAUCCAAUUCUUUAUUAAACCCUUUGGUGGUUGCUCUCUUUCGACCAACGGUCAGAGAAGCCUACAAGUUCCUCCUGACCAUUCCACCCUGGAGGUGGUCGGAAGUACGCUAUCACGAGAUCAUGGACAGCUCGUUUUACUCUAGCACCGUUUCAAAGGCCGCGGACAUCACGCCGAAAUCGGGAACAAGAAAAUGUACCGAGGGGGAAAUGGAGGUCAACGAGGCCGUAAUUAAUGAAGAACGGGUGGAAGGACCAGCCAACGAAAUUGUAGUUUGAAGUUGGAAGCAUUCCAAACAAGAUUAGACACCUGUAACAUUUUGUGCUUUUGUUACAUUUGAUACAUCGUUGUUAUAGGCUCGAUAAGAAAAAAAAAUGUUUACGCUGCUAGGCCUCGGCAUGCUUGAACGUUUUGCCUUUAUAGUGCGGCCA